GUUCGGCGGUUGGCCGCUAGGGGGACUUGGUUACGAAGAGUUUGAUGUCUUUUGGCCACCGUAGCAGGUUAAGUGAAGGCGGUAGUGUAUGAGAGUUGGCUAAGCUAAACCCAGAACGUUCUGACUUUACACAACACUUAAGUGUAUUGUUUCAAUGGAGGGUACAAAUGCCAAAUACGUCUCCCAGAAAAUAAGCAAAACGAGAUGGAGGCCGGUAUCAUCUUCGUCGUUACAACAACCAGAUGUCUUUGCAACUGGAUCGUGGGACAACGAGGAAAACAAGAUUUCCCUCUGGUCCAUAGGAGAAGAGAUUUCUGGCAUGGAAGCUGAGUUUGAAGGAGAUCCCCAGCUUUUAUGUGAAUGCAAGCAUGGUGGAGAUGUUCUGGAUCUAAACUUUCUGGACCAAGAAAGAAUUGUGACGGCGUCGUCAACGGGGGCAGUGAGCAUAUACCACCUUCACCCAAACAGCCAGACCCUAUCAGUUUCCCAGUGUUGGACGAGAGCACAUCAUUACCCUUGUGACGAUGCUCCAUGCACUGGGGUCGUAUGUAAAAGCCCUGAGAUCGUAACUGUCGGUGAAGACGGCAGGAUAAACCUCUUCAGGGCAGACAAGCAAGCAGUUAUCCGUACAAUAGACAAUGCGGACAGCAGCACCAUUCAUGCUGUGACUUUCCUGAGGACAGCAGAGAUUCUAACGGUGAACUCCAUUGGUCAAAUCAAGACUUGGGACUUCAGACAACAGAGCAACACACCAGCACAGAUACUUUCCCAGGCUGGGGACAGAGUUCCCCUGCACUGCGUGGCCAGACAUCCAAACCAGCAGCACAUCGUGGCCACGGGGGGCCAGGACGGCAUGCUCUGUAUCUGGGACGCCAGGCAGGGCAAGGCCCCCGCCUCGCUGAUGGAGGCGCACACCGCUGAAAUGUGGGAAGUCCACUUCCAUCCCACCAACCCAGACCACCUGUUCACCUGCUCUGAGGACGGCUCGCUGCUGCACUGGGAGAUGACGUCCGGCUCCGAGACUGCGUCCUUCCUACAAGGCGGCAGGAACAACAGCGUCCUCUCGCGCAGCGCUGUGGCCCCAGCAGGUGGGGGCCAGUCCCUCAGCGCCUGGCUCAGCGGCGACUCCAGUAAGGGCCGCCUGGAGACCACACACAUGCUGCCCAGCCAGACCCUGUCGGUCAACAGUCUGGACGUGCUCGGACAGUGCCUCGUCUGUGGCACAGACGGAGAAGCAAUUUUUGUGAACAGACAGGUGCCUGUGUAGAUAACUGUUUCGUAAGUGUUUGCGUUGUUUUUUCCCCCAUGCCAUUUCCUUCUCAUCACUCUUCUUUUUUUUUACAAUAUCAAGGUCACACCUUAACACUUCUUUAAAAGAAUGCUGUGGAAAUAGAUUUUACAAUUGAUGCAUCAACAUUUUUGUGAGUGUUAGACCCGCCGGGUUGUUUUGAGUGAAAUGGAUUCAUGCAUGAUUGUUUAUUUACCUUCCCAGAAUUUUGAUAAUUGUGAGAGUCCAUUAAAUUGGUUUGUUAAUAAAAAAAAUUCAUCCAC